AUGGGUCGUCCUCGAAAGAGGCGCCAUGUGGACACUGAUCAAGAAGAUAAUGCCGUUGCUGUGCCAUCAUCUCAGCCUCAGCUUCAGGAACAGCCUUUAUUAUUCCUGCAGCCCGCUGACGACACAUCUUACUCGCAGUUUCAGAACACAGUACCAACUGGAGACUUCCUUGACAACUUAAACUUCCUAGAUGAGCCUAUUGCUACAAACGUUGAUUCUUGGGACUUGUUGCCCGGAUACGACGACGACUCUCUUCCCUUCGGCCCUCAAAUCUUGGACCACAAUGGCACCUACACGAAUAACAACGCCUUGCAAUCACUGAACCUGAGUGGAGUCGAUAUUCUGGGCACCAUUGAUUUUGGAGACACAGACGCUCCGCAAGAAACUGUCUCAAAGGACCUGAGCCAUACACUCCAUCAGUAUCUCGCCGACCAGAUUGAACCACCAAAGCCAGAGUCACAUGAUGCAUCAGACAGUUCAACACCACCUGACUCUAGUGACAAUGGCACCUCUGUCGACUCCCUUGAGAAUGCCGCCAGCUCAUCAGCUCGCUCAAUGCGUUCCGUUCCGACAGUGUCCUGCAGUUGUCUAUCAUCGCUAUUCUUUGCCCUCGACUCUCUCGGCAAUUUGCCAUCUGAGGUGAUCCCAGCCAUGAAAGUCGCCCGGAAUGCGUCGAGGGUCGCUCACGACGUCAUCAAGUGUUCUAUAUGCUUAAACUUCGUAGUCCAAGACCCUCCCAAACCACCUCCCAUACAAGCCUUCCAGAACCUCAUGCUUCUGGGUACCCUGGUCCCAUCAGCAUGCAACGCCUACGCACGAAUCCUCGAAAUGGUGGACGAAGAAACUGCUCUCGCCAAGAAAGAAGGAAGGACAUUCUGGUUUGCCUUUAGAGAUAUUGGCGGACUAUGGGGCUGCGUUGGUGGCACGUCUGAGGGCUGCACAGCUUACCAAACCUACAACAACAAAACCAUGCCCCCAGAUAUGUGGAGGCUGACUAUCCGUGGUCUUCUCCGUCUCGAUGUCUACGGACUUGACGAGAAAGACCACGAUAUGCCUGGAGCGUCGCCAUAUCGACAACUAGGUCUGAAGGAUGUGGUAGACCAACUAGAAGAGCGAAGCAGACAACGGCAUGAAGCCUUGGAUGCACGUAUUGCUGCUGGGCAUAGUCACAGCGAGAUCUCUGGGGUGAUCUACCCAUCAAAGCCAUGCAGUCCAUCACAACGCAAUUGUACGAGGGUUCUUGAGACGGCUCGUGUUGCCCUGGAGAACCUCGUGAUUGCAUGA